UCUCCUAUAAAUAUAGUCUAUCCUUAAGUAGUAGUAGUAAUAGUGGUGGUGGGAGUAGCAUUUAUGAGUGAAUCAUAAACAUGACCUUAAAAAUUAAGGUAGAUGCUUGGGUUAUUCUUCAACUUUCAGUGCUGUUCUUUCUGUCAUACUGCAGUUGCUUUAUUGAAUCCCAGCAACAACAAGAGUCCGAUAGAGUAAUAAAUCCUCUACCAGGCCAACCAUCAUCAGGCACAAACAUAUCACACUUCUCAGGUUACAUAACUGUUAAUGAAGAUCAUGGUAGGGCCCUGUUCUACUGGUUCUUUGAAGCUCAGACUCAGCCCUCUGAGAAACCGCUACUGCUCUGGCUUAAUGGAGGUCCUGGUUGUUCAUCCAUAGGUUAUGGUGCAGCUAUUGAGUUAGGUCCUCUUAGAGUUAAUCAAAAGGGAGAUGGACUUGAUUUCAAUAGCUUUUCUUGGAACAAAGAGGCUAAUUUACUGUUUGUUGAGUCCCCAGUUGGAGUUGGAUUUUCUUACACUAACACAUCCUCUGAUCUCACUCAACUGAAUGAUGAGUUUGUGGCCGAGGAUGCAUAUAUUUUCGUAGUCAAUUGGCUGGAAAGAUUUCCACAGUUUAAGUCCCAUGAUUUUUUCUUAUCAGGAGAGAGUUAUGCAGGUCAUUAUGUGCCUCAACUAGCUGAUCUCAUCUACACUCGAAAUUCAGAUACACAGAAUUACCCACUUGUUAAUCUGAAAGGCUUCCUAGUGGGAAAUCCUGAGACUGAUGACUUCUAUGAUUCAAGGGGAUUACUGGAAUACGCAUGGAGUCAUGCAGUUAUAUCAAACCAAGUUUAUGACCAAGCAAGUAUUGCAUGCGACUUCAAGCAUCUGGAUUGGCCAGUUGAUUGUCAAAAAGCCAUGAAUUUAGUUUUCAAAGAAUACAAAAAGAUUGAUAUAUACAAUAUUUACGCCCCAACGUGCCUCAAAAAUAAAACAUCUGCCUUGGCCGAGGAUCUUGUUGAAAAGGCACAUCACAGCGGGUUGAGUAGAAUGAGAAUUUUCGGAGGUUAUGAUCCAUGUUUUUCUACAUACACAGAAGAAUAUUUCAAUACGGCUGAUGUUCAAUCAGCUCUUCAUGCUAAAACAGGAAAAUGGAAAGUUUGCAAUAAUUCGAUAUUGUAUACAUACAAUUUUACUGUAUUUUCAAUUCUACCCAUUUACACCAAACUUAUCAAAGCUGGUUUGAAGAUUUGGAUUUACAGUGGUGACACAGAUGGUAGGGUUCCCGUGAUUGGAUCAAGGUAUUGGACUGAAGCUUUAGGUCUAUCCUUGAAAUCUCCAUGGCGUACUUGGUACCACGAGAAUCAGGUCGGAGGAAGAAUAGUGGAAUAUGAAAACGGAUUCAGUUUUGUGACAGUUAAAGGAGCGGGUCACUUGGUUCCUCUCAAUAAACCCACUGAAUCUCUCGCUCUCAUUCGCUCUUUCUUGUCCGGUGAUCCACUGCCAGACAACACCGAAACAUAAGUGUUGAAUUUGCGUCUUCGCAUCCAGAUUGUUUAAUUGUUUUGUAACUUAUUUGACACUUCUGCUCUACUACUUGUUCAAGAGCAGAUUUGGACCAUGGGGCGGCACCAUGCCCAAAGCGUCUCAAAGCGAAUUUGGAUGUAGCGCUUUACUCAAUAAAUCUGUCUUUUUAACCAAAAGGCGCAAUACUAUUGAUAAAUGUGUCUUUAUCAAUUCAGCUGCAAUGUUGAAUAA